AUGACAUCAAGUUGCAGUAAGACUAAACACCACCCUCACUCCCACCACGUGUUUAGGGUUACAGCCAACAGGAAGAAUCAUAGAAGCAGUGAAACAGAAGAUGCAGUACAUGCCUCUGAAGGGACAGAAGCAUCUGCGACUCCUGAUGUUUCUGGGGCUACUAUUGUGGCUGCUAUUGUUUCUGCAGCAGUUGUUGCUGAGGCUACUCCCACUGAAGCAGCCACUGCUGCCUCUGCUGCAGUAGCUGCCAUUAUGGCUGCUAUUGCUCCUGCUGUUGCAGCUGCUGCUUCUGCCGCUGAAAUUUCUGUUCCUGUGGCUACUGUAACUGCAGCUGCUGUUCCUGCUGCUGCUGCGGUGGUGGCUGCUCCAGACCCCAGCACGGCUCUUGCUGCUGCCGCAGCUGCCACUGCCACUACCACUGUUACUGUGGCUUUUGUGACUGCUACUUCUCUUACUGUUGAUUCUGCUUCUGUUGCAGCAGUGGUUGCAGCUGCUGUUACUGCAGCAGCUGGUUCUGAUGCUUCCACUGUUGCUCCUGUGGCUUCUGCUGUUGCUGCCGUUGCUGCUACUACUGGUCCCGCUGCAGCAGCUGCCUUCGUUGCUUUUGUUGCUGCUGCUGUAGCUUCUUGUGUUCCUCCUCCUGUUACCACAUAA